CGAGGCUGGCUCCGCCCAGUGGCCCGGCGCAGCAGGGCAGGUCUGCGAUCAGGUCCCAGCGCCCGGAGUCGCGGGGCCGCGAAGUGCCGGCACCCAGCCAGUGAGCCGCAUGGAGCCGCAGGCUGCUGACAACUGCUUCCUGGGCGACGUGGGUUUCUGGGUGGAGCGCACCCCGGUGCACGAGGCAGCCCAGCGGGGCGAGAGCCUGCAGCUGCAGCAGCUGAUUGAAAGCGGCGCCUGCGUCAACCAGGUCACGGUGGACUCCAUCACGCCACUGCACGCGGCCAGUCUGCAGGGCCAGGCGCAGUGCGUGCAGCUGCUGCUGGCAGCUGGGGCCCAGGUGGAUGCUCGAAACAUCGACGGCAGCACCCCUCUCUGCGAUGCCUGUGCCUCUGGCAGCAUUGAGUGUGUGAAGCUCUUGCUGUCUUAUGGGGCAAAGGUCAAUCCCCCACUGUACACAGCGUCCCCACUGCAUGAGGCAUGCAUGAGUGGGAGUUCUGAAUGUGUGAGGCUUCUUAUUGACGUUGGGGCCAAUCUGGAAGCGCAUGAUUGCCAUUUUGGGACCCCUCUGCACGUUGCCUGUGCGCGGGAGCACCUGGACUGUGUCAAAGUGCUUCUCAAUGCAGGAGCCAAUGUGAAUGCAGCAAAACUUCAUGAGACGGCCCUUCACCAUGCUGCCAAGGUGAAGAAUGUGGACCUCAUCGAGAUGCUCAUCCAGUUUGGAGGCAACAUCUAUGCCCGGGACAACCGUGGGAAGAAGCCUUCGGACUACACGUGGAGCAGCAGCGCCCCAGCCAAGUGCUUUGAGUACUACGAAAAGACACCUCUGACCUUGUCACAACUCUGCAGAGUGAGCUUAAGGAAGGCCACCGGUGUUCGAGGACUGGAGAAAAUAGCAAAGUUGAACAUCCCUCCCAGGCUCAUCGAUUAUCUCUGCUACAACUGAGCUUCAGGAGCAUGGCCUGGGGUGGGCUGGCCACUAUCCUGGGCUGCCACCCUUGCUGUGCCCAGUCCCAGACUGGAGAGGGUUCUGCCUGCUUGUCUGAAACACCGUGAUUGCUGUAGGAUUGAACAACAUUCUUUGAGUCUCUUUCAGCUGUCCUGUUUGGUCUUCUCUCUCAAAUCCUAGAGAAGAUUUCCAAGGCCUUGGAAAGGCCUGUCUCAGGUCAUAAUUGUGGAUAUGACCCUUUCUGGUCCUCUGGAACUGGUGCUGUCCCUCUGUGUGGGCCCAGGUGUCCAAUUUUCCUCUUUUUACCCACCUCUCUCAAAGGCUCGCUCAGGACAGGAGACUCAAGGAGCACAGACAGGGGAGGCCAGGCAGGACUGGGGACUCGGGGAAUGCUGUUGUGUCUGGGUGGCAUGCCAUAGAAGCUCCAAGUCCUAGCACUUGAUCUUGUGGUCUGGGAUGACCACUAUGGUGAUGUCUUGCCACCUAGAUAUUUUUUUGGGGGGGCAGCAGUUGGCGCUUUCCAAGGCCUACCUGCACCCAGGUGUAUCCACCACUCAGGGGCUUCAUACGGGUCAUAGUGGGGAAAGGCUCUAGCUUUGAAUUCCCCCAACUAGCAGUGUUUCUUAGGAAGUUUGUCUUUAAUGUUAAGUCUCAACUCUUUUAAAAAGUUUAUGUAGGAUGAAGAGCCUUUAUAGGAGGUAUGGGCUGCAACACUAAGGAUUUGUCAAUGAGCCAUAAAAACAAUAGGUGAUGGGAAGACCCUUCAUGCACAUUCUCAAGGCUGGUGAUUCCCAUUGUAAAGGGCUGUUAGGAGACUCUUUAGGGACUAUUUUUCAACUGUUACUACAGUUGCCAAAUGAAUUCUUCUACCCUUUCUCACCAACUCCUUAAAGCAGUAAAACUGGCAGGAGAUGGUGGCUUCCCUGAAGAGCAUCAGUACCUAUUUACUCAUUCAUCUUGCAGAUGCUCAUGCAACCUAUGUCAUCUGUAAGACUGGUCCAGGGCUGUGAACUGAGUAGGAAUGAGACUCACGGGGCAAGGCAGGAAAAGAAAGUGAAAUAGUCAUAUAGUAAUAGAAACCAGUCCUUCUAGUUUUUAGGCUACGAGGUGAAAUAUUAAGUAUUGUAUUCAGAUAACAUUUGCCUGGCUGACAUGCUGUAUCUUAAUUAAAAAAAAAAAAAGAAUAUGUACGACAGGAGUUGAACUCGGGAAUUUUGCAUAAUUAGACAUAUUUGGUUUCUAGGGAAACAGGAAGCAGCACUUGGAAAUGCUCAUGUGAGCUAUGCCUGUUCUAAAGCCAGCAUGCCCAGAAAUGGGGGCAAGGUGGCCAUCAGACACUUCCAGGCUGGCCUGAGCCUCCCAUCCACAUUGUGGAAUAGAAGGAGACUGAGCUGGACACGGUGAGGCCAGUGGUGCCACCAGAUCAUCUGCCCACAUGGUUUCUUGGGUCAGGCCACAGAGCUGUUGAAGCAUCUCAGGCUGGUGGCCACGGGUGUUUCCAUCUCUGAGGUUUUAGCCAUUGUUAUGGUGAAGCUUUGUCUUAUACUGGGAAAUUGUUCUCAACAAAUCAAUGUUUCUGCAUGUAAUGACAAUAAUAAUUUUUAAAAAGCAUUGGGUUCUGCCUCUUUCAUCUCUAAUAGAAACUUCCCUUUAGUAAUGAAAUCUGGUAUCAUCUCCAGAUGGUAUAAAUCUUAAUAUAUUCAGGUGCCGGUAAACUUAGUGCUCAAUAAAAGGUUGAAUAAAGUG